UGUCUUCCCACAUUUCAUCAACCUUUCCUCCUUUGACUUCUAGUUCACACCUCUCUAUUUCAUGGCCUCGUAGAUCUUUAGAAAUCAGAGCCCUCUCUCUCUCUCUCUGAAAUUACUUUGCAAUCAUGGCUUCAGGCACCAAUGAAAUAACCCAUGAUUUCCCGCCAUUCUUCAAAGCCUACAAAGAUGGUCGUAUAGAGAGGUACAUGUCUCACGACCACGUCCCCGCCGGCCUAGACCCACACACCGGCAUUCAAUCCAAAGACGUUGUCAUAUCGCCCGAAACCGGUCUGUCGGCCCGAAUCUUCAUUCCCAGAAUCAACGGCUCCGAUCAUCAGAAGCUGCCGCUUCUCGUCCACUACCACGGUGGAGGCUUCUGCGCUGGAUCACCGUUCGAUUCGAUUUCUCAUAAAUUUCUCACCUCUCUGAUUUCCCAGGCCAAUAUAAUAGUCGUUUCCGUUGACUACAGGCUAGCCCCAGAGCACCCACUUCCGAUUGCAUAUGAUGACUCCUGGGCCGCGUUGCAGUGGAUCGCUACUCAUUCUGACAAGCAAGGACCCGAGCCGUGGCUGACCGAGUAUGUGGAUUUCGGGCGGGUUUUCUUGGCGGGUGAGAGCGCUGGGGCCAACAUAGCCCACCACGUGGCAGUCCGAGCUGGUGCCACCGGAUUGUCUAGCUUGAAGAUUGUCGGUGUACUCAUGGUGCACCCAUUCUUCGGGGGCAAAGAGACUGACGAAAUGUACAAGUUUUUGUCUUCCACAAGUACCGGGCGUGAUGAUGACCCGAAACUUAACCCGGAAGUUGAUCCGGAUUUGUCAAGGAUAGGGUGUGCUAAGGUCCUUGUGUGCGUGGCAGAGAAAGAUUGGCUGAAAGACAGAGGCGUGGCUUACCAUGGGAGUUUGGGAAAGAGUGGUUGGAGUGGUGGCGUGGAACUAGUGGAAACAAAAGGAGAGGACCAUUGCUUUCACUUGUUCAACGCAGAGAGUGAAAAUGCCACGUCAUUGAUGAAAAAGUUUGUUGAUUUUAUUAAUGUAGGUGAGUAGAACAAUAAGGAGAGGAGAUGAUAUCUUGUUACCUCUGCAUUAAUGUUGUUUCCCUUUAGUGAAUAAAAAUAUGUUUUUUUUUUUUU